AUGGCAAGGUGUGGGGACCAUGAUGGAUGCUGUGAUGGGGAAAGUCACACGAAAAACAUAGAUUUGGGAUUCAAAUAUAGCCUUUAUAUGCGAAUCGACAAGGAGAAUGUUGAAUGCCUGAAUGAAUCUGUUGAAGGGGCUGGGAAGAAGAUCUUUAAAGCAUGGGAAGAAAGAAAAGACAACUCAAAGUAUGUGGAGAGUGAUGUGGAUGAGGAACUUCUCUUCAACAUCCCAUUCACUGGCAAUGUGAAGCUGAAGGGAUUCAUUGUCCGUGGAGGUAUGGAGAACACGCAUCCAUCCAUAGUGCGGUUGUUCAAGGAUAAGCCAAACAUGACUUUCGACGAUACUUCUGCCAAAGCAGAUCAAGAGAUUGAAUUGGUCCAAGAUAAUGAAGGAACAGUAGAGUAUCCGACCAAGGUUGUACACUUCUCCUCCAUUCAUCAUCUAUCCCUACACUUCCCCAAGAACUUUGGUGCCUCAAAGAGUGUCAUCUAUUACAUUGGCCUUAGUGGGGAAUGGACACCUGCCCAUCGACAUGGUGUCACCAUUUGCACAUAUGAGGCAGUCCCCAGCAUCUCAGACCACAAAACUUCUACGUUGGAUUCUGUUUCUAGGGAGAUCCAGUAA